AUGUCUGUCCCUGAGCAAGCCGAGUUCACCUUCUUGCCUCUCGGCGCCAUCAUUCAGGAGUUCCGCGUCGGCGGCAAGAACAUCGUCCUGGGCUUCCCCACGCAAAAACACUACGUCGAGCACAACACCCCACACUAUGGCGCUACCAUCGGCCGUGUCGCCAAUCGUAUCAAGGAUGGUCGCAUUGCGAACCUGAACGGCCGCGAGUAUCAGCUCGUCCAGAAUGAUGGUCCAAACGCCCUCCAUGGGGGUCCUAAAGGAUGGGGAAAGCGGAUCUUUGAAGGCCCCCAGACGGUCACCCAUAAUGGUCGGGAUGCUCUGCUUUUCAAAUAUCGCUCAGUAGAUGCGGAGGAGGGAUACCCCGGGACUGUAGAGAUCCGUGUGUGGUAUGCUGCGAGCAAAGAAGACGAGAAGACCGUCUUGACCGCGGACUAUGAAGUAGAACUUAUUGGUGACGAGUGCGAAGAAACCGUGGUCAACAUCACCAACCACAGCUAUUUCAACAUCGGCGAUGGCCCCACCAUCACCGGCACCACGGCGCAGCUUGCCACCAGCGACUACCUCCCCCUUAGUUCUACCGGAAUUCCAGAGGGCAACAUCGCGACCUUCCCCCGGGAAGUCACCAAACCCUUCGAGCUGAAUGCGACCGGUCCGCACUUUGACGACGUGUUCGUGGUCCAACCCGACCCACUGAAGAUCCCCCUCGACACGCGCAGUCAGCCCCUCCGCCUGCUGGGCAGGUUUAGCAGUGCCUCUUCUGGCCUACACCUGGAAGUCCACAGCACCGAGCCCGCCUUCCAGUUCUACACGGGCAAGUACAUCAACGUCCCUUCGUUGGACGGUGCUCCACCCCACACCGAGGGCGCCGGGUUCUGCGUGGAGCCGAGCCGCUUCGUCAACGCGAUCAACGAGCCCAAAUGGCGCGACAUGGUGCUGCUGAAGAAGGGCCAGGUCUUCGGCUGCACGAACGUCUACAAGGCGUGGAAAGAGUGA